GCUUUUCCCUCCACUACAGGUGUAACCUACCUGUCCCUCGCCGAUGGAGGAGGCCGCUGCAUCCAACAAGGUGGAGGCCCCAAAACGCCAGAAGAGAAAUAAGGCUCGAGGGCCGGGCCGCUCGGGCAGGAAGAACAAAGACAAAGAGAGGAGGAGGAAGAGAGAAGGAAGAAUAAGGACGAGCGCCCCGAGCGUGAAGGAGGACGACGCCGAGUGGAAAAGUGACGGAGAGACGGUGGAGGUGGAGGACAGCGGCAGCCGAGCGGAGCAGAACGCCCCCGUAGAGGCCCCCGUAGAGGACAGCGUAGAGGCCCCCGUAGAGGACAGCGUAGAGGGCCCCGUAGAGGCCCCCGUAGAGGACAGCGUAGAGGCCCCCGUAGAGGCCCCCGUAGAGGACCCCGUAGAGGACAGCGUAGAGGCCCCCGUAGAGGACAGCGUAGAGGCCCCCGUAGAGGACAGCGUAGAGGCCCCCGGAGGACCCAGGCCCCCGUAG